AUGAACGUCGAACGCUGCAUCUCUCUCCACAACGAAAUCGUACGGCAUGGCUGGGUCGGCUCAGGCCGCUCCGCAGAUACACUUGCUUCGCACAGCAAAUCCUGGUUCCAAGUAUUCGGCGAGGAAGCCGAAGCCGAACGGUCUGCACUCUCACCCGACCUAGUCCAAUUCCUUGAGCAAGUCCAGAUUUCGCGCGUAGAAGAAGAUGGAUUCUACCCUGAGUUCUUCUACUGGGUUCAGGGCCAGUCUCAUCCUGAGUAUAUGUUCGAGUUUGAAGAUAUGUUGUGGGAUUACGACUACAAGAAUGAUAAGGAGGAGGAGGAGGGGAAUGGUGAGGAGGAGGAGGAAGGUUAUGAGGAGGAAGGUUAUGAGGAGGGGGAAGGUGAUGAGGAAGAGGAAGGUAUCGAGGAAGAUCAAGGUGACGAGGAGGAAGAGGAUAAUGAGGGAAGGCGCUUAGUCCUAUAUGACCAGAAGACCAAUCUUUGUACUCUCAGUCUCACUAUACACGAUACCGACGAUAUCAGUACUCAGGUAUGGUACCCAUUAGAUGCCGUACUUACCUUCUGGCUCUCUCAGAUCCGUAACGAGACUAUUCAGGCCCUACCAGACAAAGGCGGCAAACUUCGUGAAGAAUGGCCUGAAGUAUUCGACGAGUAUUGGGAACACGCGCCUUGGGUUUUCGCGCCGUACAGUGAGAAUAUGCUCAAGCACAACCUCGAUGUAUGGGAGAAGCUCGUUGACGCGAUUGAGAGCCGCAUGCCUGCAGCCAGUAGAUCACAAGCAGCCGACCCACCUGCAUAUGGCCUGUUGGACGACAACAUACGUGACAAAAUAGACAUCCCUCAGCGAUUCGCAUACAACUUUCUCUUCCGCGCCCGCCGGCCUCGCUUCAAGAUGAUAGCUCCCGGUCUCCGCAUUAUCACAUCCGCAGACUUUCCAGAACAACUCUUCCGCUCCUACAUGUCCAAAGACAAAGAAGAAGUGCUACCCGUACUACUCUCCAAGUCCGACCUAAACUUCUUCGAAGACCCAACCUGGACUCCGCAAAGUCCAGAAGACGCCAUGGUACCGAAUUUCUUCGACUACCGCGAUAUCAAGACUUACCCUUCUGGCUUGUACCUACUGCCUACCAAUCACAGAAGUCUGGAAGAUGGUAUUUCAUUCGUUCUGCCGUACGCUAUUGGCGGUAAGGGGUAUGCGAAGAGAGGCGAUGGAACAAAUUUCGCGGGUGGAGAGGAUUGGCGUGGGAAAGACAGCUUCACAGAGUUAUUUCAGCCUGGACGAAGGGCGCUUGAAGAAUUUCAGGCGCAGAGUCUGGCGGAGGUGUUGGAGAGUUGGCUGGGUAUGGUGGAAAGAGGGGACUGGAAAGUCGAUGAGAAUGGGGUGGUGGGUGAUAUGGAGACUUGGAGGGAAGCGGAUACGGAGGAGGGAUGGAGGAAGUAUGUUAUAUCGAGUAAAGAGCCAUCUGGUAACGAUUGA